ACAAUCUCUCCCUCCCCGGGGAAGCAGCCCACGCGUUCCCCGCACGCACAAAGGGGGCCCGGCGCCUCCCCCUCCUCCUUCUUCCCCCUCCCCAGACCCUGGACUGAAAGCUCGGCGCCAGGAAGAGGCGAAAGGGGGGCGCUUGUGCCAGGCAGAGGAUGAAACACACGAGGAAAAGCUUGAACCAGGACAAGUCUGCCAGCAGCUCCACCAUGUCAGAUAGUGACUUUGGAGAAGACGAUGGGACUAUAUCUCAGGAUCCAUUGCAAUCUGGCAAGAGGAAACGAAGGGGCAAUCUCCCAAAGGAGUCUGUGAAGAUUCUCCGAGAGUGGCUGUAUGAACACAGGUUCAAUGCGUAUCCCUCUGAGCAAGAAAAGCUCAGUCUUUCUGGACAGACAAGCCUCUCUGUUCUCCAGAUAUGUAACUGGUUCAUCAACGCCAGGCGCAGGCUUCUACCUGACAUGCUGCUUAAGGAUGGCAAGGACCCAAACCAGUUCACCAUCUCUCGCCGAGGCACUAAAGCUGGUGACAUAGCACUAACCCGCGGAGCUGCCACAGGAUCUGGACUCUUGAUGGUACCACCUCCUUCCACCGGUGCUGCCUCGAAGGUGCUCUCCAUGUCUAUGUGUCCUCCAAUGAUCUGCCAUGCUGGGCGGCCUGUGGCAGGUAACUUGAGCUCAAUUGCAAGUGAGCAAGAACAUCGGCCCACCUUCCAUCAGGUUGAGCUGGAAUCUCACCCCAAACAGCCUCCUUUGAGCACAACGGGCAACACUUUGGCUCUUCUGACCAGGGCAGAUGCUGCCAGUCCCACAAGUGGACUCUUUAACACGCCCCCUCCAACACCACCUGAGCUCUUUGGAGAGGACUUCAGCAGCUUUCAGUUGUUGGUGGAAGUAGCUCUGCAAAGGGCUGCAGAGCUUGACUCGCAGAGGCUGAACGGGCAGCUACAUCCAUCACUGCAGAGAGAAGGUCCCACCCCUGCUCUUUCCAGAAAAGCCAACUAGCUUUGUUUCUUCUUGGAGCCUCAUGUUUCCUCUUGGAGGCUUUCAUUUCCUUUCUUGCUUUCCAGGAUUUGUGUUCUGUUGGCCAUGUAAUGUGGUUUCCUUUCAACUAUGAACAGAACAAGUCAGUGCCUUUGUGGUUUUCAUUUGGCUCUGUGCUGCUCAUCUCUCAGAAGUGAGCCACUGGACCUUGAUAUAAAAGAGGUACAUGCACGCAUGCACAUACACAUGUGCAUCCUUGAAACAGGUCAUACCACAUUGUGCUUUGGGUUAUCAGCUUAUGGAUUUGGCCUUCAUCCUCCCUUCUGGAGCCACAUGGAGGAUGUGGUCUGUCCAUAGUUGCCAGAAUCGGUACAUGGGAAGACAGCUGACUCUUGACAGGCCCCCGAAAUCUUAUUUCCUCUAAGAGAACAUUGUUGCUGGUCGAUACCUUUAUUACUGUUACUGUAUUUGUUGUGGCAGAAUUGAGUGGAAGUUCACCUCUCUCUCUUACAAUUUUCAAAGCCUGCUGAUGUAAAUGGAAGAGUGAAAGGGCCCAAAAUACAACAGAAGAGGAUGAGCAAAGACAAGUACUGGUGUUUUCCCUUUCUUUUUGAGUAAUCCAAGAAAGAAAGGGGACACAAUUCCACCCUUUCUCAGAACUUUCUAAUAUGUGUCCUUUUGUAGAAGAGGCAUUCAUGGUCUCUGUACCUGUGUAUGUGUGUGUGUUUUUUAAAGAGUUUGUUGUCAUUUUUUACUGUAGCUUUUCUUAACAUAGUUUUUUUCUCGUGUGAAUCAGUGGCUGGCCCUUGACUCACAUCUACUGGAAAUCCUCUGUGUCAAACAGAUUAACUGGAAACGUCAACCUUUCUGGCGUUCUUCUUUCCCUGGGUGGACUGAGUGGGGUAGGCCACUACCACCCUGCAGAUACUGGUGCCAGUAAAAACCCACAAAAUCAUUUGGUGCUGUUGUACAGUUUUUAUUACUGUUGUUUUUUUUAUUGGUGGAAAUUUUUGCCUGGUUUUGGUGCCUUUACCCAUCCUUCUGCCUACCCUUCCCUGUUUUUCCCGUCUGAAAUUCUGAUCAUAGAACAGGGAGAGAACUUGGGCUGGUAGAACACUAACCAAAAUCAGCAAAAGGGCAUUUUGGAGGUGGUGGGUAAAAGAAACUAAACAAAGGAGUCUUGACUGUGAAGUUGCUUUAAACAACCCUUUAUUUUUGUUAGAAUAUUGUUGAUUGUGUCUCUGAAAAACUUGCAGCAGCUAUGAGGAUGUGCUGACAAAACUACCUAUACAAACACACAUCCUGACUUCAGAGGGCUUUUUUUCUUUUUGAGUGUGAGUCUUUCUGUGUAUCCUUGCAUUCAUCAUGCUGAAUGUAGUUACUCCAUUGCUGAUGGAGCAAGGGUGCCCACUUGUGGCCAGGAGGGAAAGUCAAAACAGCAGGAUCUUCUGUGAUGAACUGCAACCCCUCCUUUGGGCUACGAUUACACACUAUCUUGAUAUCACCCCGUUUGUUUUAAUAUUUCCCAUGUGUCUGCAGCUUUGAUUGAAGUUUAGAUUCAACAGUAUCCUGUAUUAGAAAAAUCUGUGCAUUAGAAAAAAAAGGUGUAUGCUUUGGAUUUAGGUAGAGAGAAAUUGGGGAUUGUGUCUUGAUCUGUGAGGAUGUGCAUCUUUCAUUGACUUACUUGCACCUCUGUUUGUCUUGAGACCAGGAGCUUGUGAAACAUGAAGUAAGAUGAAUAUCCAUCUAUUUUUUAUAGUGCUGUUUCACUGUAAAUGUAAGUCAAAUAGUGAUCUAUUAUAUACACCUAUAUUAUCUAUUUUGAGAAAACACUAAUUUUAGAGGUUAUUAGCCUAAUUAUUAUGUUGCAUGAAUAGUAAAAGAUAAGAAAGCCAGCAGAAUGCAACUUUCAGACUUUUUUGAACCUGACAUUGGGAAACCUCGUGAGGACGGCAAGCAGUAUGUGCAUGUUGGAGAACUGGAACCAGAAGGAUGGGGCUGACUAUUGGGAUGGGAACCUCAGAUAUGUACUAUUGCCAUCAUGCUUCACCACUGGCAAGGGCCAGUGGGACUUAAAACCAUUUCAGUAGGGCUAUUGGCUUCCCAGCCCUAACCUACCACUACAAUUACAUACUUUGAGUGCCUUUUCUUUUGUACCCGCCAAUAAAAUUACGGACUUGGGCUAAAGAAUGGUGUAACCUGUUACUGCUGCCUACAAAUAAUUAUCCAUUCCCUUUUUUAUGCCUUCCUCCCAUAGCCAGUCCAAUACUUCUCAUGGGGUGUAGUUUGCUGUGCCAAGAGAGUGUCCUUUUAAAUUAUAAAUUGCUCUUCUAGAAAAGUAUUUCUACUACAGGCAGCAUGGUAGUAGAAAUACUGCAGUGCUGCCUUGGAAAGCAUCCUGAUGUUUGUUUAAACAUGGUGGGCAGAUUUUAUUUUCUUGUAAACAGCAGUGUGUUGUGCUUCCAUUUAUUGUCCCACCAUUGGUUUAUGGUAAAAUUAAUUAACGUGUCUUUCUUAGCCUUAAGUCUGAACAGCAUGCCUCUAAUUCCUAGAGUGCACAGCUGUAUUAAGUUAUUCUCUCAAAUGGGUACAACAAAAUAUGUGAAGGUGGUACAUAGCUCUGCCUCCUCUGUUACCUUCUGCAUAAUGAGACUACUUUUCAGAGGGGAAAGCCUCUAUUUUCUCUGGAUAUUCUCCAUUACGCUGUGAUUUUAGAGGGCUCCAAACCACAUGGAGGGCCUUUGCUAAUAAGAGGUUUCUCUUUGUAGAUGGAGGUGAUUUGUGCUUUCUUUGUCGCAGUUGUGCAUAUACUAUACUAUUUAGAGAGAAUGCCUGGGGGUAGGACUUUUAGCCUGCUAGUUUCUGGUUAUCUGGAUUUAAGUAUUGUUUUAGUCUUCCAUUGAAAUUGGUAGGGCCUUCCUAAGCAGUAGCAGAGGUCCAGGUUUGGUUACAGAUCUACUUUACAUUUGCUUUUGACUACUUCCUCCCUAUAUUAAAUCCCUACUGAAUACAGGGAACACGGAUAGAUCUCACCUCCACUUCAUAAGGCAGCAGAAACUUCCUUUCUCAGCACUAUUGGAAGAGCCAAAGCAAAACUCAAAUUAUGCACAGUAAAAAGGAAGUUAAAAGUUUCAGUUCCUACAAUAAUAACCCUGUUCUUUUUCGUGCAGGGGCUAGACUGCUGUAACUUGUUUGUCCAGAUGACGUGAAAAUCUUGUUUUAAAUGGGAAGUUUAAAAAAAGAGAAUAUUCUUUUGCCUGAAAUUUAUGAAGCAAAAACUACUGUAAAUAACUUUUGGAUUUUUUUAAUCAAUAAAGUUUUUUAAAAAUACAUAA